GGAAUUUCCCUGGCCAAAUUAGCUUAGCUUUUAUUUAUUUAUUUUUUUUUAAUAUGGGAACCAAAAUUUUAAAAUAUUUAAGUUUUUUUUUUUUUUACUAGAAAGAUGUAAAUCAACUCCGAAUUUAGAUUAUUCAAGUCUUUGGGGAGAGGGGAAAGAACCAAACAUUUAGGAUGUGAGCAUCUAGGAUUAUUAUUUUUUUUUUUUAUGCAGUAGUAAUACACCGGUGAUAACUACACAUAUUGAUGUAGCAUCUACACUAUCUUUAGGAUGCUAUUUUAUGAAAAUUAAGGAGCUCUGGUCACAUUCAAAUUAAUGGUGGAAAAUAUUCAUGCAAAGUAUUUAUCAUGAACUGAUUAGGUAACAUUGUUUCCAGUAGAAGGGUCCCACAACUCCAAGGUAACAGAGGUUAAAUAUUAGAUAUAUCAGUGCAUAUUCAUAGAGAAAAGCUUAACUAUAAACAGCCGGUUUGUUUUAUGCCUAUUCAGCUCGUUAAAGGCUUACCUCCCAUUGGGUGGAGAUCAAAACGUCAUUCAUUUUGCUUGAUAUUAUUGGAUAUGGAAAUCAAUGACGUAUGCCUAGGCACCUGUCGGACAAUCCUCAAGUCACUUUUAGCGUCAGUAGCAGCUAGACACUAAGAUAUUACAGACGCACAACCAGUGUCGCUCUGUCACGAGCUGUUCAUAGACUUAGAUUCUGACCAAGACACAAGAGUCAUAAUAACUUUGCUUAUAAUCUUAAUCGUGUGAAUGAGUAGUAAAGAAGUGCACUGUUGUUAAGAUGUAAAGACAGUUUAUUUUUCUAAAUAAAUCGCAAAACGCCAGACGAACUUUGAUAGCCCACUUGCACAAGGAUGAUGUGAGUGAUGAAUAUUGAGAAAGAAAAUUGUCGACUCCAAUACCAAGCUAUGCCCACUGACACAUCGCCGUCACAGUAGAACACACAGAGGAGGCACAGAAGUCCAGUGUACUCCAUAUACUCUAAUUUCACUUAUCCAGCUAUCACUGUUAAUGUGGAUUGACUGAUUUCCCAAGUUCCUUUGCAGCCUUCUGUUCACCGCUCUCUGGACCUUACGGUAUUCCUCAUGGGUCAUGAACUCUUCAUUAGGGUAGAACCGGGGCUCAACAUUUCACGCAUGGAAACCACACAACGCUUAACUUCUGAUCUUUCUAAAAUUUCUGAUUGGGGCAGAGUAAACUUGGUAUUGUUGGUGAGCUUUGCCUGAUGGAGGUGAGGGUAACAGGUGGUGUUGGUUGUUUGGAAUGAAGUCAGGCUGUUGCUGCAGUCUCAUAAGUAAAUUGUCUUAGCAACAUCCUACAGCUACUCUUCAUAAUUUUGACUGUAACACAAAGUUUGGAUACGACUAAUUUCCCCGGAUUAAAAUGGGAAAAUGAGACGCCGCUCUCUCUCUCUCUCUCUCUCUCUCUCUCUCUCUCUCUCUCUCUCUCUCUCUCUCUCUCUCUCUCUCUCUCUCUCUCUCUCUGGUUAUGCACGCCUUUAUUUAUAUAAUCCAUUAAGAUGACUGUUGAAAAAAAAAUAAUAAGACAGGUUUGUUUGUCUAUUCGCAGAAUUGUAAUGUACUGGAGCAGACUUUCUACACUCCGUAGAGUAACCCCCCCUCCCGUCUCUGUGCCUCUCUCUUAGAGCCCGACUGGUUGGGAGCUCCGUACAAAAAGAACAUAAGAACAUAAGAAAUAAGGGAAGCUGCAAGAAGCGACCAGGCUUACCCGUGGCAGUCCCUGUAUGAAAUAUACCUACCUAUUUCCAUCUAUUAUCCCCAUCCAUAAACCCGUCUAACCUUCUCUUAAAGCUUCCUAAUGUUCUAGCACUAACAACAUGAUUACUGAGUCCGUUCCACUCGUCUACCACUCUAUUUGAGAACCAAUUUCUUCCUAUCUCCUUCCUAAACCUAAGUUUUUCAAGCUUGAAUCCGUUAUUUCUUGUUCUAUCCUGGUUGCUAAUUCUAAGAAUUUUACUUACAUCCCCCUUGUUGUAACCCUUAUACCACUUGAAGACUUCUGUCAGGUCCCCUCUUAACAUACGUCUCUCUAAAGAAUGUAAAUUUAACAGCUUCAAUCUCGCCUCGUAAGGAAGACUCCUCAUCCCCUGUAUCCUUUUAGUCAUUCUCCUCUGUACUGAUUCUAAUAGAUCUAUAUCUUUCCUGUAAUUUGGUGACCAGAACGUGGAAUCUCAAGCUAGACUGACUGCUGCACAGUAUGACAUGUUGGGAUGACUCACUUUAAUCUUGCAUUUCAUUUUAAACUGCUACACCGCCGGAGACCAGGGAAAAAUUGGAGGCCUUGUUUGAAAGAGUUACCUUCUCACUAUAUUUAUUAAGUGGAACAUGAAAGGUAAUUCCUUUUAGUCAAAUCUUCUUCAGAACUAUAUGCUGUUAGAGGAAGGAAAAAGAUCAUAAAAAAAAAAAAAACAGGAAGAAUUACUGGCAAAAAUGAAAGAAUUAUCGAAAAAGGUAAAAGGCCUGAUAAAAGAGGAUAGUAGGAAGAAGUGGUGCACCUACUGCCGGAGGAAUACUCAUGACACCCAGGAGUGCUGCGGACCACCAAAGACUAGAUACCGUAGCUGACUAAUGCAGAAAAAACACUUCGCCCACCACAUCCAUUAUUGUAAAGCAACGGCUAGUGCUGGCCUUAGUAGACACCGGUAGUGACUUUACCUUAAUUCAGCAAUUGGCCACACGGAAACUAAAUAGUUAAAUUGAUAAAAGACGUGCCACGCCCCUCCUGAAAGGAAUAACAGGAACAUCCUUAAGAAUACUGCAUUCAGUGUGUUUAAACAUAGAUGGAAACAGAAGCAAAGUAUGUAAAAGGUGGAUUCCCGUAGUGCCGGAUAGCUGUCCGAGUUCGGAGCUGUUGUUGGGUUGUGAUGGCUUGGGAAAAGAUAAACUGACCUGGGAUCAUAAGGAACAAACUCUAAUAUGGGGAACUGAGCUCUGUUCUAUCAGUUUUGUUCAGAAAAGAGAAAGAAAAGAGUGAGUAACAGUUAUUCCCUGUAGAUCUAAGGUCAUUAAUUAGCUAAGGGUUGACCAAAAGGUGAAUCUGGCCUCUUACCAAACAAAAUUUCAUUCCAGUCAAUAUUAAGAAAGAUUCAGGAACUGCUGUAAUUAUCCAUUCAGAAAUUAUCCAUUCAGAAAAGAGUACCAAGUGUACCCCAUUCCCGUUUGCUGCCACGGUAAAUGAGCAGCAAACUAUUUACUUUCCCAAUGAAAAUCCAAAUAAAGUCCAUACCAAAAUUUCCCCAGGCACCUUUAAAGGCCGUUAUGAAGUAGGAGUUGUAGAUGGGGAAAAAGUAUUCUCGACUACUCCUAUAAAAAAAUUAUUUAAUGCCACACAUGGACCAACAGAAACUAAAGGCAGUAAAGAGGAAAGAUUGAGACAGUUACUAACAACCCUUGACUGGAAACAACUAACCAAAAUCGAAAGAGAAUUAAAGCUCAGUAUUUCUGAAAUAUGAUAAACUGUUCAUUCUUGAUUCAAGUAAAAUUGGCACUUUUAACCUACCACCCGCCAAAAUUAACAUUUCCAACCACCACCAGUAAGAGCACACAGGUAUAGAUACCCGGCUGCUGCGAAAGACAUCAUUACAGAGAAAUGGAAGAGAAACAGAUUAUAGAACCAUCAACAGCAACGUGGCUUAUUCCCAUAGUCUUAGUAAAUAAACCCGAUGGAACUAAAAGGAUGUGUCUAGAUUAUAGGACCGGUACAUAGAGAAGGAUAGGAGCCGUAUGAGGGUAGUGUGGAGAUAAAAAUAAAUUAUGGCAGACUAUAUGAAAAGCUUUUAAUACGUCUAAGGCAACAGUAAAAGUUUCACCAAAAUCUCUUUAAGAGGAUAAGCAAGACUCAGUAAGGAAAGCCAGAAGAUCACCAGUAGAGCGGCCUUGACGGAACCCAUGCUGGUGAUCACAUACGAGAAGGUUGUGAAGUGAUAGAUGUUUAAGAAUCUUCCUGUUGAAGAUAGAUUCAAAAAUUUUCGAUAGGCAGGAAAUUAAAGGAAUAGGAUUUUAGUUUGAGGGAUUAGAGCGGUCAUCCUUUUUAGGAACAGGCUGAAUGUAGGCAAACUUUCAGCAAGAAGAAAAGGUAGAUGUUGACAAAGUUGAAAGUUUGACUAGGCAAGGAGUAAGCACGGAGGCAGUUUCGGAGAACAGUAGGAGGGACCCUAUCAGGUCCAUAAGCCAUAAAAGGGUGACAGCAUAAGCAGAAGGAUUAGAGGUUAGAAAAUGGUUAAGAAUGUUGGGCAUCAGGAAUUCGAGUAGAGUGUUGUACCAGUUGCUCUAGGUCAUGGAGGAUAGCAAAGUUAAAGGCUAGUUCAUUAGGAUGGUCAGUGAAAGAAGAGGAAAGCCAAAGCUGGUGGUGAACAUUGAAGUCUCCAAGAAUGGAGAUCUCCGCAAAAUGGAAGAGUCAGAAAACUUAAACCUGCAGAAAAUCAUUAUUCGGCCACUGACAAAGAAGCCCUAGUUCUUGUACUAUCAUGUAGACACUUCCAACAUUACCUCUGGAAUACAAAAUUUACAGUACUCAUGGAUCACCAAUCUUUAAUCCCAAGAAUAAACCAGUGAAUCACUGAGAUCAAAGAGUAUAAUUUCGACAUAGUCCAUGUAAAGGGAAAAUAUAAUUAUGUGGCCGACCAACUUUCAAGGCCUGUGGCGUCAGUCCAGCAGAUCAAUGAACUAACCUACCUAGGAAGAACCAAGAAAGAGAUUAGACAAUAACAGAUGGGGGAGGAUAAAUGAAGAGCGAUGAUUGAGUACUUGGAGAGAGGUCAGAUUCCAAAUAAAUGAUACUGCCCUCCGGACAACCGCCCCCCCCAAUUUACCAUGUAUGAGGAUUUAUUGUACUAUGUAACAACACAAAAGGAUGGUAGUGUAAAUUUCAAUCUUGUAGUUCCAAUGUGCCUUAAAGAAGAAGCCCUUAAAUUUGUUCAUGUAAUGUUAGGCCAUUUAGGCCAAAAGAAAACAUUAAUCAGGCUGAGAGCUUGUUUUAUUGGUGUAAUUUGGUUGCAGAUGUAAAAACUUUUGUCAAAAGGUGCUCUCUGUCCUAGCAAACAAAAGGGAACUUAGGACUUCAACAGCAAUGGAAGGAACAUAAACCUUUAGGAUAGGGAUAGUGGAAAUUACAGAAACGAGUAACUAAGCAGUCAUCUGUUACAAGGCCCAGACCUUACCAACAAACUUGUCGGGGUGUGUUUUUUUUUUAAGUAGGAGAGACACUGGCCAAGGGCAACAAAAAUCCAGUAAAAAAAAAUGCCCACUGAAAUGCCAGUUCCAUAAAAGGUUCAAAGCAGUAGUCAAAAAUUGAUGGAUAAGUGUCUUGAAACCUCCCUCUUGAAGGAAUUCAAGUCAUAGGAAGGUGGAAAUACAGAAGUAGGCAGGGAGUUCCAGAGUUUACCAGAAAAAGGGAUGAAUGACUGAGAAUAAUGGUUAACUCUUGCACUAGAGAGGUGGACAGAAUAGGGGUGAGAGAAAGAAGAAAGUCUUGUGCAGCGAGGCCGCGAGAGGAGGGGAGGCAUGCAGUUAACAAGAUGAGAAGAGCAGUUAGCAUGAAAAUAGCGGUAGAAGAUAGCUAGAGAUGCAACAUUGCGGCGGUGAGAAAGAGGCUGAAGACAGUCAGUUAGAGGAGAAGAGUUGAUGAGACGAAAAGCUUUUGAUUCCACCCUGUCUAGAAGAGCAGUAUGAGUGGAACCCCCCAGACAUGUGAAGCAUACUCCAUACAUGGAGUAUAUAUGUGUAGGUUUAGGAAAGAAAACAUUGCACUUAUAUGUGAUAUAGAAACAAUGUACCAUCAAGUGAAUUUCAUCCCAGAACACAGAGACAUGUUAAGAUUCCUUUGGUGGAAAAAUGGUGACUUCAAUGAUGAGAUGGUUGAAAACAGAAUGACAGCUCACUUGCUUGAGGCUACAUCAUUUCCAAGUGUAGCUAAUUUUGCUCUUAAAAAGUUGCAGAUAACUGUGGGUGUGGAUCUGAUGCAGCUAAAUUUGUGAGAAAUAUCUUUUAUGUUGAUGUCUCAAGUCAGUAGCUACAAUGAAUGAAGCUGUCACUCUUAUUCAGCGGAGCAAAGUACCAUGUCACAAGGGAGGAUUUAACCUUCAUAAGUUCUUGUCAAAUAACGAAGGUGUAUUACCUGAAACUUCUAAUGAGAGAACAAACAGAGUUAAAAAUUUGGACUUUAGUAAAAAUGAAGACACACUGCCUGUAGAAAGAACUAUGGGGGUUGAGUGAUGCAUAGAAUGUGACACGUUUCAGUUUAGAAUAAACCUGAAAGAGGAGCCACUCAUUAGGAGAGGCAUUCUGUCAACAGUGAGCUCUAUAUAUGAUCCAUUAAGUCUAGUGUCAUCUCUCACACUUAGAGGAAAACAAAUUUUGCAGCAUUUGUUAAAAAAUACAGUUGGUUGGGAUGAUGAGGCGUCAGAUCAUUUUAAAUAUAAAUAGAUAAAAUGUAGAGAGCUGCACAAACUAGAUCAGCUAAAAAUACCUAGAUGUUAUAAACCUGAUGACUUUGGUGAUGUAGAAAAGGUUAAACUUCAUCACUUUUCAGAUGCCUGCCAAGAAGGGUAUGGCCAGUGCUCAUAUAAUAGGUUAAUUAGCAAGACUGGCCAAUUCAUAGUGAUUUAGCAAUGGCAAAGCCACGUGUCACACCUUUAAAAACUAUGACAAUUCCCAUACUACAAAUACAGCAUCAUUGGUGUUAGUUAGAAUUCAUGACUUAGUCAUCAUAAAGGACCAGAAUGUAAAAAGAAACCAUUGUAAAUUAUGCAAGAUUAUAGAUACAUGUCUUGAUAAUGAUGGUCUAGUAAGGAAGGUUAAGGUCUCGGCGUCAGACUGUAAUCUUGACAAUCAGGGAACACACACAAAAGGCAGCGCUGUCAUAGAGAGCUUAGUACAGUCUGGUAUUGUUGUUAGAUAGUGAUACAUAAUGUAGACCUGAGCGUCACCGCCAAGGAGCCAGUGUAACAAAGUGCUUACUAUGCGUCAAUGUUAGCUUUAUGGUAAAUUGUUACACAGUUUGUGGGAGCCAUGUUACUGUGCAUGUGCCUCAUAUCAUUAUUCCUUUAUAAUCAGAAGUGAAAUGUUCAAUGAUUUAUUAUUUGCAUGAAAACCUAGGUGAUAUACAGACGUAUUGGUGUUAAAUUCUAUGUAAAGCCCCGAAUCGAUGCUCAUCUGUUAGGAGGGUGCGAUUCCUUCACGUGUGGCUCGCGAGCGUCACUCUCUCAAUAGGCGCGGCCACAUCAAUACAACAGGCAGGUGACGGAGGUUUUGAUCGAUUCUUUCAGUACAUCGACUCAGCGUGAACCCUGCCUGGUCGCACCAAGAAAGGCGCGAUAACAGUCCAAACGUGGAGGGUCGACCGUGCAUCUCUUCGAGGACAGAAACAGAGUGGCCGGUGCUGCGGGGGAGCAGGAUGCAGCACAGCUUGCCGGUAGGCCGGCCGAGCGAGCGGUUAGGCACCCUGUGCCCGCUAGUGAUGAGUGCCUGAGUGGUGACUGGAGACUGAGACAAGUGCCACAUCUCGCCAGGAGCGUUAGAGUCAACCAACGGAGAGUGGGCGAGAGAUGUCUUGCGUCUGCCCUGACGGCCACAAAGUGAGACGGUUGCCAGGACUUGCAAAUGGUGCCCAGGAAUAAGAGCGAGCCGGGGCGUGUACCCACAUACCUACAUACGUACGGACAUAUUCCCUCUACUUUACUCACUGUUGGGAAAACACUGUUAUAUAGUUUCGAGAUAAAGUUUAAGUUUGAUAUGCAUGUAUGAGGACAACAAAGGGAAUGUAUGCAGAUAGCCGGACGUGAAUGCAGUGUGUGCUUACAAAUGUCUUUUUUGUUUCAGUGUUAAGUGUUUACUUUGUAUGUUAUCUGUGGGGUUACAAGGUUAGUGUUUUUGAUUUCAAAGUUUGUGCCCUCUCAGAGACCAUCGUGUGGAGUGUCUGUGUCUCGGACUGGCGAGACACCACUGUGUAGAUUGCCAGUGUCCUCGCACUGGCGAGACACCGUGUUGAGUGCCUGUACGUGUCCUCGCACUGGCGAGACACCGUAUAAAUAGCCUGUGUCCUCGCACUAGCGAGACACCGUGUUGAGUGCCUGUGUCCUCGCACUGGAGAAAAACCGUGUAGAGUGCCUGUGUCCUCGCGCUGGCGAGACACCACUGUGUAGAAAGCCUAUGUCCUCGCAGAGAUGAGAUACCACUGUGUAGAGUGCCUGCGCCUUCGCACUGGCGGGACACCAUCGUGGAGCACAUAUGUACUUCGGCGCUGAGGCGAAAUACGCAAAAGUGCUUCCAACGUAGCUGACCGGCAUGGAUCGACGAGAGGAAGCAGAGUUAUUUCGGAGGAAGGAUGAUGUUGCUGAUGAUGGCUUACUCAAGAAUGGUGAGGAAGAUAACACCACACCUCCCUCUCCAACGUCACCAGGUUUGGAGAGCAGGGUGAAUUCCCUUUUUGACGCAGUCCAAAGUAUACAACAAACAGUAAUGACUCUUCUGACUAAGAAUAAGGCGGGUCAAAGAGAAUCCGGUAAAAAGAUCGAUAGGGUGGCCCGAAGAACAUCACCUCAGGAACUCUUAGAGACUGGGGUUGAACCGGACCAGGUAGACCAGGGGAAGGACAAGGAAUCCUCAGUGCCCGCACUUGACGUCGAGCCAGGAGAGCUUCACCAGCGGCAGCACAAAAAACUGAACAAAGCAGCGAAGGUUGACGAAGGAUCACAGAGCGAUGUGUCUUGCGGGCGUUUUAGCGGCUUACAACUCUCAAAGAGAGUAACACCCACAUUUAGUGAAGGGACCUGUUUUGAAUUUUGGGAGUUCAAGCAAGCAUUUUAACAGCACGUCGAAGUCAUGGGUAUGUCUGCUGUAGUUAAACUGAAGACACUAGUUUCUGCUUACACCGGACAGAUUAGACGUAAGGUCCGGGCAUGUAUGAAGAUCGAAAAUCCUAAUACUGAGUAUAAACGUGCCUUCGAACUGCUUGAAGAGCGAUACGGUGAAGAAGACGCCUUUGUUGACCAAAUGACACGUGGAAUCUUGCAGGGACCUACUGUAAGAUCAGGUGAUGUAAAGGGCUUGAGGAAAUUUGCUGAUGAACUGAAAGAAUGUUUUUAUAGUUUGACUAUUCUGAAACAAAUAAAAGAGAUUGCGUCACGCUACGUGAUGUACCUGCUGGCCAAUCGAUUGCCAAGAAAAAUAAGAGAAGAUUAUAUCAUACAGAGAUUGAAUUACAAAAGGACACACAAAGAAAGACCCGGAAUACAUAGGAUGCUACAAUUUGUUCGUGACUCAACAACUCGAGCAGAGAACAUCAAUGAACAUGUUCCAGUAUCAGUAACAAAGGAUCGAGAACGAGCCUCGGGAAUAUUGCAUUCAUCCCAAAGCCAGCAAAGAAAGAGAACCCUGGGUCUCACAACAAACUCUCUUGCCCCAAGUGAGCAAGGCAGAUGGUGCAUGGCAUGUCUUCAAGAAGCCCACACUCUCAGAGAGUGUCAACAAUUCCUCGUUAUGAACACUAAACAACGGAUCUCAUUUGUCAAAGGAAAACGUCUCUGUUUCUCAUGUUUAAGCCCGAAUCACCGCGCUUAUGAAUGCAAUACAUUGAAAAGAUGUGGAAUUAACGGGUGUGGUGGAAACCACUCUUGGCUUUUACACUGUGAUGCCGGGAUCAUGGGUCGAAGACAGGAUUCACAAACCAAAGGAACAGUGAGACAAAGCGAACCUUUCAGGGCAGAGAACAAAUGUCCUUCCUCAGCAACGUGAAGAGUGCUGGCCUGCAUGGUAUGGUCAUGAAUACAUAUCCUGCCCCCAAAUGUCAAAGGCGAGAUCGGUCAUUGACUGUCAUGUCAGCUGUGACGCCGACAUAAAACUGUAGAGCUGGUACAUCGAAGACUGAGCUUGACACAAACGUCGACAGAGAAGCAGAGAUGCAAGGAAUUCCUGAAUACAGCAUAAUCUCUAUAAACGGGUGACGAGGACGGAACCUGAAGAGCAGUGAAUGGUAACCAUGUCAGGGUAAGAGAAACGAAUUAUAGUUGACAAAGGAGUGAGAGUGAGAAGACAGUGGCACUACCCAUUCUGAAAGUCAAAGUAGAAGGUAAACACAAAAUGAAUCAGUCCAUCAUAACAGGAAUUAUGAUGGAAGCAGAGCCAGACAGACAGACAGACAGACAAACAGAGAGAGAGAGAGAGAGAGAGAGAGAGAGAGAGAGAGAGAGAGAGAGAGAGAGAGAGAGAGAGAGAGAGAGAGAGAGAGAGAGAGAGAGAGAGAGAAUGAUGAUGGUAGUGGGUAGGAAGAUGUGCUGACCCGUUAAAGUCGCCUCGGCCGGGGUUAAUGGAGGUCAGAUAAGGAAUAUCAAAGACUCUACAUAAGAAACAUGUGUCUGGGCCCCUCGCUCAGCCACGGGGCAGAAACCUUUAUACAGUGUUGGUGAAAGGACUUCCCGCGUUGAGAAUGAUUCCCACCUACAGGAGUUUAAGGACGCGCCAACACGGGACUACAUACUCAGUGUAAUAUCUGUCAUAUUUUAUGUAACUGUGUGCAGUAGCAUAACUCAGUAGUUCUAUUUUUUUCUAAAAGGAUGAGACUGAACGUUACCAAAAUAUCUUAUGUCUUUAUGUAAAUAACUGUGCGCGGUGGCAUAACCCCGUACUCCUGUUUCUGUACGGCUGAGACUGUAAAUUACCAAUGUAUGUUCUGUCUUUAUGAGAACUUAUUCAUGUUCACAGGUUUUGAUCGAUUCAAUCAGUACAUCGACUCAGCGUGAACCAGGUCUUAUUAUCCUGCACUGGUCGCAACAAGAAAGGAGCAAUAACA